AUGACAACAGCGGAAAACGAUCAAGAAUUGGCAUCGUUAACUCAUCAAUCAAUUCCAUAUGUACGCUCGCAGUGUGUAUUGAAAAUUGGAAACCGGGAGGACCUGUCCCGCUGGAGGAUCAUAAUCGAAGAAACCGGAAUCACGGUCGGCAUCAACAAUCAGCCGCCAGGCCAGCGACGACGACAGCAAACGGACUGUCGAAUGGAUACGUGCAAAAAGCUGUACCUAUGUACGACGAUCAUCUAUUUGUUAAACCAAUCAAUUCUGAAUCAGGUGAACACCUACGCUGUCACCGAAGGCAUGGACGAAUACACAUUACUACGUUCAAUCAAACACUUGCUGAAAGGGAGAGCACUUCAAUGGUAUACUCGCUCUUAUCUGGACCUAAGAAGUUGGGACAUCUUUAAAGCGGAAAUCAAACAGGAGUUCUUACCUCCGAAUUACUCGGAGAUUGUGAAGCAGGAUCUGUACUUACGAUUCCAAGGUCCAAAUGAGUCAUUCACAACAUUCUACAGAGACCUAGUAGCGACGUUCGAUAUAAUGGAACCAGCAAUAUCAGAGUCAGAGAAGUUAUUUAUCUUGAAAUCACAUCUCAACACGGACUUCUCCCCAAUUGCUUCGGCGUCCCGAUCGGCGAGUGUCCGUGACCUCGUGGCAGUAUGCAAAGAUUUCUAAGUUUCUCGUUCUUACGCACUAAGAGGGCGAGCACCAACAACGCGAGUCCUAGGAACCCGGCAUGAGAAUUCAUCACUUCAUCAGCCCGUGAUCAAUAGAUUGGACAACAGUGGUCGGCCGCCAUUAAAUCGACAACCGUACGGCACAGCGCGGGUCAGCAUGGUAGAGCAUAAUCAAGAGGUCGAAGAAGAAGUGGAUCCGGUGAGCAUCAGGGAAAGAGAAGCGGUUCAUCAGGACAUUGCUUACCGGAACGAAGCUGCGUCGAAUAUAACAGAAGAGGUAAAUGCCAUUCGAGGGCAGAAUAAUUGGAACGGAAGAUCGGCGUCUGACACCACAUCGAACCAGUCGGGUAGGAAUUCCAUACGGGAGGCUCCAAUAGUAACAGUAUGUUGGCAAUGUGAAAACCCUGGACACACUUAUUUCAGAUGUCCUAAUCCAAAACGCUACUUGUUUUGCUACAGCUGCGGCAAGAAAGGAUGUACAACGCGCAACUGCGAAGCCUGCAUCUUACGCUGGAGACAAUUAGACACACAAAAUGAGCUUCCGAUUUCGGGAAACCGGAACUGGGAGAACCCACAGUAA